GACUUAAUAAAAAGCUUCCGGGUAAGUAGAGCCGGUACCGAGUCCGAGACUCCGAGAACGAGUUCUCAGUUCACGCUUAAAGCCAUGGCCACACGCGUCUGAAUAGUGCUUCUCCUCUUAAGUUAAAUACAUACCAACUGUAAUCUUCACAGGUACAACAUACCUGAAGACUGAGAAAUAAUGGAUACCUUACUAGAAUACAACGCUGCCCUGAAAUUUUUGGAGAGGAUUGGAAUCGCGGAUGCAAAGGAGCUCAUAAGAAACGAUCCCUUGUCGUUCCUGACAACUCUUAUCGGAAGGUACCAAGAGCACCUUCCCUUUCAGUGCUUGAAUAUUCUGGCCAAGACACAGGCAGAAAAGCAUGUACCAACACUGGAGGAGGUUGUGGAGGCCGGUCUCAGCCUAGAAGGUGGACUUUGCCUCACACUAAACACCUUCAUGUGCAUCCUCCUUCGUACGUUGGGAUUCAAAGCGGAUGUCCUCGAUGGGUCCUACAGCACUCACGGCGAUACACACUCCCACGUUGUUGUCCUUCUCAAAGAUUUACGAGGUAACGAUGACAACUUCAUCGUCGACGUGGGAAGUGGUUACCCGUUCGAAGACCCGAUACAGCUGAGCGACAUGCCCUGUACUCGGUGUUGUGCAGGACAAGAGUACAGAUAUGAACAGCACGGAGACAGCAUUUGGCGAUUGCAUCGACCUAGAGAUGACUUGGCCACCGAAGGAGAAGUUCCUAUCAUGCACGGAGAAUGGCGCAAGAUGUUCCACUGCGGCCUAGUUCCAGUGACCUUCGAAUAUUUUCAG